CUGAUUCUUGAGAAAUUUGACUUGGCAUUAUGGCAGAGAGUGUUGUAGGUUUUUUGAUUAACCAGCUCUCAACCUUGCUUUCCCAAGAGAUCACACUUUUGGGGGGGCUUAAAUCAGAUGUUCAAUUCAUCAAAGAUGAACUCGGGAGCAUGAAGUCUUUCCUCAAAGAAGCUGAAGCAAAGGAAGACAAUGAUUCUCAACUCCAAGAAUGGCUAAAGCAGAGGAUGUUCUCGAUGAUUUUACCUUCCGCUUUGCUCGUGGCUACAAGGACGGAUUCUGUGGCAAGGCUGGAAAGAUCUAUAACUCAAUAAAGAAUCUGAAAGCUCGCCAUCAAAUUUCUUUGGAGAUAAAAGACAUCAAGGCCAGAGUUGGAGAGAUUUCAGCAAGGCAUCAGAGGUACCAAGCCCUAUAUGGUACUCAAGAAAGAGGCUUCAGCUCUUCCCGACAGGCAAAUGCAGAUUUUGACAUUCGUGCUCAAUCACUCUUCAUUGAAGAAGCUCGACUUGUUGGGAUUGAUAAGCCAAAAGCAGAGCUCAUCUCAAAAAUCCUUGAUGACCAUUCCCAAUUGUAAGUAGUUUCUGUUGUGGGAAUGGGGGGACUCGGCAAGACUACCCUGGUGAAAAAAGUCUAUGAUGAAGCUGCAGUGAAGAAACAAUUUCAGAGCCAUGCCUGGAUAACUGUUUCUCAAAAUUUUCAGUUCAGUGAGUCAAAAUUAGAGUGGUGGACCAAGUCAGCACAAAAUUGAAAGAGAAAUAAUUGAGAAAUUGAGUGAAAAUACUCGUUCAGUCAGAUGAUUAAUAAAAUAGAUGUAGUUCUAGGUUA